AUGUCUUUGAAGCUGUUCUCGUUCAUCUUUGUGCUCGUCCUGGCCGCCAUUGCCUGUGAGGGACAGACCCAGUCGAAUCCCUACCUGAGGAAUCCCUACUAUCGAGAUCUGUACUACCGCAAUCGGGAUUUGUACAACCUGAGACGCUACUACGAUGGUUUCUACAAGAAAUACAAUCCCUACAUUGUCGCCGCCCAGGCUAGGAUUGUGGAGCAGAACAACGAUGUGAACUAUGGCGCUGGCACAUACUCCUACAGCUAUGAGACAGAGAAUGGCAUCCAUGGGGAGGAGAAGGGCGUGCCCGUCAACAUUGGCAACCAGGAGCAGGAGGAGCAAGUGGAGGGUGCCUAUUCCUUUAUUACGCCCGAGGGUCUUCGCGUGGGAGUCAAGUACCUGGCCGAUGCCAAUGGUUUCCGGCCAGUGAUUACCUAUGACGGCGUGAAUUCCGCUUUUUAUGCCAGCCAACCGGCUGCAGCUAACGUGGUCCAUACCAAGCAUUAA